CUUCCCUCUCACAUUCGCCACACAUGCCCCGCAAAGACGCCCCUGCAUCAGGCCUGAUCUCCGCCCAGGCCCAGCAGGACCUCAUAUCUGAAGGAAUCGAAAACUACGAGCUCCCCAAAUCCCUCGUGACUCGUAUCGCCAAGUCUGCUCUCCCCGACAACGCGAAAAUGCAGAAAGACACCGUGCUCUCGCUCGUCAAAGGGUCGACCGUGUUCAUCAACUACCUCGCUGCAACGGCACAUGAUGUAGCCCUCUCGAAACAGCAUAAGAGCAUAUCCGCCUCAGACGUCCUGAAAGCGCUCGAGAUGAUCGAGUUCGGAGAUCUGGUCGACAUGUUGCAAGCCGAGUUGCAAAUCUACCGAGACCAAUCGAAAUCUGACAAGACCAAAAAGGCGAGCGCAAGCGCGAAUUUAGCCAGCACAAGUACCGCGGCCGCAGUUGGAAAAGGCAAAUCAACCUCCGCCUCGACCGCCUCGACGCCAGCGCCCAAAUCGGCCAAGGGAAAAGAAAAGGCGACCAUUCUCCUGCCGGCCUCGGCCCUGGCGUCUGCUCGACAAUCUGAAUCCAGAGGCGCUGUCCCUGUGACUCCAGGUGAAUCCGUGUCGGCUGGACCUGGUGUCGCAAUGGACGUUGACGGGGAGGACGACCGCGAUGUGGAUAGACCUGUGCCGGCAGAGGAUCUGGACAGGGAAGGGGAUGCCGAAAUUGAAGAGGACGAUGAAGAGCAAGAUGUGGAAGAGGAGGAACCGGAAGAAGUGGUUGACACAGUCGCCCUCGAGCAGGAAGAGCUACGACAAGAUGCGCGAGGUUUGGACGCACGAGCAGAAGACACUCCCAUGGAGGAAUCAUGA